AUGGUCACCUUGUUCCGCGCCGCCAUUCCCUCGCUCGAACGCCGCUCUUUUGCCGUCUGGGAUCCUUCCGCCGUCGACUACGAAUCAACCUCGGGUGCUCUCAUUGCUCAGAAUUAUCCUGGAUUGUGGAAAGAUUUGGAAAGACUCAACGACCUAGUGUCAAUACUGCGCAACACUUUGACGAUUGGAGAGAAGGCUCAGGAUCUGGCUGCCGAGUGCACCUUCGACCAAGAAAUAUUCAGACUGAUCAACUGUUGCGUGCGAGUCACGGCUAGAGGCUUUGAUGGCGAUGCCGGUACUGGCGACGAGGAAAAGUGGCAGUGGAUCGUCAACGCUUACAAGAAGCUUCUCAUAACCUCUCUGCAAUUCCUGAAUAACUUGGUCGCUCGCAACGAACGAAGGAAGCUGAUGCUGUGGGUCGCCCUGUUCGACAACUCGACCGAGGGCAUACUGGCUGAGGAUACCGAUGAUGCUACUGGAGGCCAACCUGCUCUUGGCGAGAUGCCCAAACCGCCUGUCUCUACCGGUGACAUUCUGGUUGCGCUAGGCGAGACAAGCAAGGCGACUUAUGACGCUGCACAAGACGCCCUGAACGCGAAACGACUACUUGCGAACAAGGAUCAGAUGAAACCACCAUCCAGGCCCGUAUCUGGCUAUGUUCUGUUCGUCAGGCAACAUCAAGCAGAGACCAGAGAAGCUCUUGGCCCAACCGCCACUCCGGACAGCUACGAGAAGGAAUUGGCCGCUUAUCAGGACGCCCGUCGUCUCGCACAAGCCGAAAAGGACAAGUCUGAUAGAGCGCACGCAAAUCAGGUUGCUGCGCGUAUUGCGCAUAUUGAGGAGCAGCUUGGUGAUCGCAUGAAGCCCGAAGGUACAAAGGUCGCCCCGAUGGAACCCCCGGUUUAUAACGCAGAUGGAGCCAUCGCUUUCCCGGACGAGAAAACUUCUACAGGACCUAGACCGGUGGCAGAGGACGACUAUAAGAUGAUGUUCACAGCCUCGGCGGGAGCGAAGAUCCUCGAGAGCGGCAAAUCAGAACUCAUGAAACGACUCGAAAGCUAUCCUGUUCCACCGCCGCAACAGGCUCAAAUCGCAAGUCCGGCAUCACCCAUCGCUUCUCCAGCUUCACCGGUAUACGAGAAUCGGACGGACGAGAAUGACGUAGGCUUGGACGAAGAAAGCGAGGAGGAAGAGAGCGAAGACGAGGACGAGUAUCCUGGAUCUAGCGAGGAUGGACGUGGCCUUUUGACCGAUGUCCCGCUAAUUUUGGGUCCGUCGGAAAUCGAAGUGUUGCCCAUGAUCGUCAUGUCUGGAAUCGUCCCGCCUGCAAAAUCCACACAAGCUGGUACAUCGACCGAAGAGACUAAUGCCAUUGUCAAUAUGCAUACCGUCAGAUGUCAUUUACUACUGGCUCAAGACAAUGGGAAGAACUUGUUGAGAGAGCUCUUGAUAUUCGUUGCUGCCUGGGACCUGCGAGAGGAAGAGCUCUACUUCAAAUUCAUGGUUAAGAUCAUGGAGGCGAUCUUGGUUAAUGGCUUGAUGCCUUAUGCAUACCACGCCUUCCGAGACAAGUCCAGGUCCAAGGAUAUCAUCUCACCAGCCCAGGCAGUGAUCAUGAAGCUGCUUACAAACAUCUUCAGAUCGAGAGCUGAGGCGUCCAAGACAAACCCCCAACCCAGCGAGUCGUAUCCUCUCAGAGUCGACGUUCACAUCGUCAACUUUAUCUUUACCGAGUUCCGCCAGCAUAUCAUUCCGCAAACAUGUGCACUCAUCUUCUUGCAAGGCAAGAUUCAUCAAAACUUGGCCUCACCCGAAGACUUCCCGCUCAAUCUGUGGGACAUGGAGCGUAUGUACGAAGGCGUGUACCAGUACCUUGAAUUCUUCGCCGUGCUCACUGAAGAGAGCAUCUGGAAGGAUGUGAUGGCACAGUGGGAAGUUGCGAGCGAGCUUGUGACGUUACUUAAGGAGUUGGAAGCUGCGAUCCCCAAACUUGGACCUGGAGGCAGCUCACAUGGACCCAUCCCAAGACGCCCAGCUCCUCAUCAACAGAACCACAACUAUCAACCGCCAGCACACAACUACCCACCCCCGCCAGCACCGCCCCAGAACCUCAAGCCCCUGCCUAUAAGUGUGGAACGACCAUUCGAUCUCUCUCCGGACUUGGCCAAUACUCUUCCACCACUUCCCAUCCCACCAACGGAUGCAAACACUCAGCCUCCGAACAACACAAUUUUUGAAGCUGAGACGCCCUUGGCUUACCCCGAGGAUCCGCAAGAUGAGCCUUCGGACUUUGAGUGGCGCAAUCUUAAGAAGUUGACGGUACUCGUACUUUCCUCACUGAUCUGGAAGAACCGCAAAGUGCAAGACCAGGUACGCGAAUAUGCAGGUCUGGAAGCGCUGGUCGGUUGCUGCCGCCACGAUGAACAUAACCCAUACAUCCGCGAACAUGCAAUCAUGUGCCUUCGCUUUGCAGUCGAGAAUAACGAGGACAACCAGGCCGUGAUCAAAGACAUGGCUGGCAUGGCAGCAGCAGGCGAAACUCGCAUGCCCACCUACGCCGAGAUCCCACACGGCAAGCUCACCCACCCCGACCAAUUGAUCCCCUUCCAAGUCCCACCUGUGCCUCAAGAGGUGCUCGACACUAAUGGCUACGAAACAUUUAUGGAUGGAAAAGGCCAAGUCGGACUUAGAAGGAAAGACGUCGGCCAAUUAUCCUCGGGACCUCAGAAGCCCAGACCUCACCCCAAGAUGACGGCAGAGAAGGCAGCAGAGCUCAUGCAGACCGCCUUACGCGACCUUCCUCUCGGCGACAAGAUCUUGCUCGAUAAAGAGAAGAAGGAAGCACUUGCCAAGUUGGACAGAGCGUUCUCUUAG